AUGAGCAACGUAACAGAAUUCAUCCUCCUGGGCCUGACCCAGAAUCCAGGACUGCAGACACUCUUAUUUGCUGUGUUUUUAAUCAUCUACUUGAUCACAUUGGCAGGGAACCUGCUCAUCUCAGUCACCAUCUUCACCAGCCCAGCCCUCGGUUCUCCCAUGUACAUUUUUCUGUCCUAUUUGUCCAUGAUAGACGGCUUCUACUCUUCCUCCAUAGCACCCAAGUUGAUCUUUGACUUGGUCUCUGGAAAGAACACCAUAUCCUUCAGUGGCUGCAUGACUCAGGUCUUUGCUGAACACUUCUUUGCUGGAGCCGAUGUCUUGUUGAUUGUCAUGGCCUACGACCGCUGUGUAGCCAUCGGUAAGCCCCUGCACCACAUGACCAUCAUGAGUCGGCCUGUGUGUGCUUCCCUGGCUGGAAUGGCUGGGGCUUCAGGCUUUCUCCAUGGAGGGAUCCAGAUUUGGUUCCUGGUUCAGUUGCCAUUCUGUGGCCCCAAUGUCAUUGACCAUUUCAUGUGUGAUUUAAUACCUCUCCUGGAGCUAGCCUGCACGGACACGCACACUCUGGGGCCCCUGCUUUCUGCCAACAGUGGGUCACUGUGUUUGCUGACUUUCUCAGUGCUGGUGGCUUCCUACGCCGUCAUCCUGCGCUCCCUGAGGACCCACAGCUCUGAAGGUCGCGAGGCCCUGUCCCCCGGUGCCUCUCACGUCACAGUUGUCGUCUUACUCUUUGUUCCUUGUUCAUUCCUCUUCCUCAGACCCACGACCGCCUUCCCCACUGACAAAGCUGUGACUGUGUUUUGCACCAUAGUGACUCCUAUGCUGAACCCUUUAAUCUACACCCUGAGAAAUGCAGAAGUGAAAAAUGUCAUGAAGAAGCUCUGGGGACAAAUAAUGAAAACUGGUGAUGAAUAA